AAGAUUGGGCACCAUCAACUGAACCUCAACGGGUCACUGUUCGGGCUGGUUCUGAAAGAGAUUGGGCCUCGCCAGAAUGCGUCAAUCUGCGCAGGGGAGAGUCUCUGUGCACUCUCCAGUAGGACUGCAGAUUGACGAACCUUCCCCAUGUCUCCUUAAUCCCUGCGAAAUUCGAUCCAUUCCUUGCCAAUUCAUUCGAUUCCAUUUGGCAUUUCCAAGCUCAAAAUACUGUACUGCUGUGCUGGAGACUGGAGAGGGAGCUCCAGAAACAUAGGAGGAACAUUGUAGUGGGAAAAAGAUGAGUUCAAGUGGUCAACUCCUUCCUCAGCAGCAUCAGCACUUCCAGCAGUCUCAGAUCCUCCUUCAAUCAUCCCCUUCCCCGUCUUUCAUCGGAAAACACAAAAUCCCACUACGUAUUUUUCCAGAAACUCACAAAUUUCCCCACCAUUUGUCAGGAGGGAGACUUCGGGGGUUUUCACUUAAUUUUCAUCCCGUCUCAGCAUGUGGGAAUUCGAGAUGGUUUGCGCCGCUCAGAAGUGCUGGUGAGAAGUUAUCGGGUUCACUGGAGCCUGAUGAAUCUUCUAAUUACUCAAAAGAAGCGGCUGAGAUUCUUAAGCCAAAGAAGGCGUCCUUCUUGACAAUAUUACAGGGGGCCAACUCCGUUCUGCCUCAUGUGGUCAUUGCUAGUACUGUUCUGGCUCUUGUUUAUCCACCUUCUUUUACAUGGUUCACAAACAGGUACUAUGCCCCAGCACUAGGUUUUCUGAUGUUUGCAGUUGGUCUAAAUUCUAGUGAAAAAGAUUUUAUCGAAGCAUUCAACAGACCAGCAGCCAUUUUUGCUGGGUACGUCGGCCAAUUUGUUGUAAAGCCCCUUUUGGGGUAUCUCUUUGGCACAAUUUCUAUGACUAUAUUUGGUCUUCCUACUCCUUUAGCUGCGGGGAUUAUGCUGACUUCUUGCGUUAGUGGGGCACAGCUUUCGAAUUAUGCAACUUUCCUGACAGAUCCAGCAAUGGCUCCUCUAAGCAUUGUGAUGACAUCAUUAUCUACUGCUACUGCAGUCUUUGUCACCCCAUUGUUGUCAUUGUUACUCAUUGGAAAAAGGUUGCCAGUUGAUGUAAAAGGAAUGGUUUCCAACAUUCUGCAGAUUGUAGUUACUCCCAUUGCUGCUGGAUUGCUUCUGAAUAGAAUCUUUCGGAUUUCAAAUGCUAUUCGUCCAUUUUUGCCGCCUCUAUCAGUAUUCGUGACUGCCCUCUGUGUUGGAGCUCCAUUGGCGAUCAACAUAAGUUCUGUUUUGUCGCCAUCAGGAUUGUCAGUGCUUUUUCUUGUGAUUGCAUUCCAUUUGGCGGCAUUUGUUUCUGGUUAUACCCUCACUGGCCUUUUAUUCCACAACACACCUGAUGUAAAAGCUUUGCAAAGAACCCUAUCCUAUGAAACAGGCAUGCAAAGUAGUCCUGCUCUUGCACUUGCAAAUAGGUUCUUUCAAGACCCUCUUGUUGGUGUUCCUCCAGCUAUAUCUGUCGUAAUAAUGUCUUUAAUGGGUUUCUCACUUGUAAUGCUCUGGUCUAAGAAGAGCGAAGCUAUUGCCUGAUAAAUAUUACUACUUGAUUUCUUCUUAUGUAAUAACACAUCCUUGGCUUCUGCCCAUCCGCUGUCCUUUGGUGCAAAAGAAAAGGAGAAUGCAGGGGUCACUGAUGCGGAAUGUGAUUUUCCUAUCAUUCCCUGCCUUUGGUUGUCAAAGUAUUCUGCCAGGUUGACAACGCUAAAGGAUCUUGAAUGCAUGGCUGAUUGCAUGCUCUUUGUCCUCUUCAAGUGCAGAAGAAUUGGAAAUCUUGGCGCCACCUCUAGAAAAUACCACGUAAAACGUGACUUCUAGCAGAAGGAUUUCUUAAUCGAGUGUUUUGUCAUGCUCCAUCUCCAAGUUCGGUUCUUGGUGACAUAUUGGCUUGUAAAAGAGCAGAGUACAUGUAUUAACCAAUUGAUUUGAACUGUUGCUGAAUGAAAUGACAAGCACGAGGAAUAUUUUUAACAACUUGUGCUUGUGGCAGCCUUUUUAAGUUCUUGAAUCAGUUCCUUUUCUACUGUACCCUGGAAUGUCAUCUGCCUCGAACGAUUUAUUGUUUGUU